AUGAAGCUGCUGAAGCCGAGCUGGGUGAGCCACAACGGCAAACCCAUAUUCUCUGUUGACAUCCAUCCAGAUGGAACCAAAUUUGCAACAGGGGGUCAAGGGGAGGACUCUGGGAAGGUGAUGAUUUGGAACAUGGCUCCGGUCCUCCGAGAAGAGGACGAGAAGAAUGACAACAUCCCCAAAAUGCUCUGCCAGAUGGACAAUCACCUAGCCUGCGUGAACUGUGUGCGCUGGUCCAAUAACGGGCUCUACCUGGCCUCUGGAGGCGACGACAAGCUGGUCAUGGUGUGGAAGAGAGCUGCACUGAUCGGUCCCAGCACGGUGUUCGGCUCGAGCACCAAGCUGGCCAACGUGGAGCAGUGGAGGUGCGUCACUAUUCUGAGGAACCACACUGGAGAUGUGAUGGACGUGGCGUGGUCUCCUCAUGACGUGUGGCUGGCCUCCUGCAGCGUGGACAACACCAUCGUCAUCUGGAAUGCACGCAAAUUUCCAGAGAUGGUCACUUGCCUGCGAGGUCACACUGGUUUGGUCAAAGGUCUGACCUGGGAUCCGGUUGGGAAGUACAUUGCCUCCCAGGCGGACGACCACAGCCUGAAGGUGUGGAGGACCGUGGACUGGCAGAUGGACGCCAACAUCACCAAACCCUUCACAGAGUGUGGCGGGACGACCCACGUCCUGCGCCUGUCCUGGUCUCCGGACGGCCAGUACCUGGUCUCGGCUCACGCCAUGAACAAUUCAGGUCCCACGGCUCAGAUUGUGGAGAGAGACGGCUGGAAGACGAACAUGGACUUCGUGGGCCAUCGUAAAGCUGUGACUGUGGUGAAGUUCAACCCAAAGAUCUUUAAGAAGAAACAGAAGAACGGCAGUUCUCCAAAGCCCAGCGCCCCGUACUGCUGCUGUGCUGUUGGCAGCAAAGACCGCUCGCUGUCCGUCUGGCUCACCUCGCUGAAGCGCCCCCUGGUGGUCAUCCAUGACCUCUUUGACAAAUCCAUCAUGGACAUCUCAUGGACGUUGACGGGCUUGGGCAUGCUGGUGUGUUCCAUGGACGGCACCGUGGCCUAUCUGGACUUUUCUCUGGAUGAACUUGGGGACCCCCUGAAUGAGGAGGAGAAGAACACCAUCCACCAGAACAUUUAUGGCAAGAGUCUGGCUAUAACCAACAUGGAGGCGCAGCUCUCCACCACCAUCAUUGAGAACCCAGAGAUGCUCAAGUACCAGCAGGAGCGGCAGACCACCACCCAGGCCAGCAUGGCUGCAGCCGGACCCGAGUCCUCGGCUCCCAAAGUCAACAGCGUGAUGAACGGAGAGUCUCUGGAGGACAUCAGGAAGAACCUCCUGAAGAAGCAGGUGGAGACGAGAACAGCAGACGGAAGGAGGCGCAUCACGCCGCUCUGCAUCGCUCAGCUGGACACCGGGGAUUUUUCUCCCGCUCUCUUCAACAGCGUUCCCAUCCUUCCCUCCGGCUCCUCCAUCUCGAACCAGCUCGCUCCUCAGCUCAACUCAGACUCCAGCCCAGGACAGAUGCCCUCAGGGCUCAGGCCCGGCCAAGACCCCGUGCUCACCUCUCCCCCCAACAGCGCCACCAGAGGCCUGGAGGACCAUAAAGAUAGUAUGAAGGCCACUCUGCUGCUCACCUCUGCCUCCAAGAUCGAGCCCAUGAAAGCCUUGGACUCCAGGUUCACGGAGAGGUCAAAGGCCACGCCUGGGGUCACAGCUGCCAUCGCCUCCACGGCCGGACUUGCUCCUCUGGACAGGCCAAAAGAAACCCCCGCCGCCCUGAAGGAACCCAAAAGCAAAGAGGAAACUAGCAGUGACAGCGAGGACAGGACGCCCGCCAUCAACAAGAACCUGGCGCUGGCCAAGAGGAAACCGGAACUCCUGACGGACGGAGGAGAGGUGGUGGAGAAGAAGAAGAAGGGGCGACCCAGGAAAGACAAGAUGCCCUCCCUCCCUCAGCCCUUUACGCAGAUCACCCCUCCAGCUGAGCGAGAGCCCAGCAGGGCGCCGGCCACACCAGCCCCUACUGCUGCUGCUGCCGCCGCCGCCACCAUUCUCAGGCUGCCAACGCCAAGCAUGAAGAAGUCUUUCAGCCUGCAGGUCAGCAUGGAGCCGUCAGUCUUCCUGGAGGUGGAGAACGAGCUGACCGUGGUUGCGGGUUCAAAGCUCAGCCAGCUGCGAUGCACCAGAGACGGGCGGGACUGGAGCACGCUGCUGCCCAGCUCUGUGAUGGCUGCUGCAGGGAGCAGUGACGUUCUGGCCGUCGUCUGCGUGGACAGAAUGCUGUCCGUGUUUUCGGCCUGUGGGCGGCGGCUCCUCCCCUCCAUCCAGCUGGCCACGCCUGUGUCUGCGCUGCACUGCUCCGCCCACUUUGUCAUGGUUCUGACGGCGGGGGCGACGCUGUCUGUGUGGGAUGUCCACAAACACAAAGCUGUGGUGAAGAACGAGUCUCUGCAGAGCAUUUUAUCAGGUGCAGACACCACCGUGUCCCAGUCCCUGCUGACCCCACAGGGAGUGCCGGUCGUCGGCCUGUCCAACGGGAAGUCGUACUGCUUCAGCUGCGCGCUGGAGUCGUGGACUCUGGUAGCAGAUAAAGGAGACUCUCUAGUCCAGUGUGCCGACUUCCGGAGCUGCAUGGCUUCCCAUGAUGCACCUGCGUCCUCGGGGCCGCUGGCUGUCAUGCAGGGCCGCAACCUGAGCGCCGGGCGGCUGGCGUCCCGCCUCUCCUCCACCCCCCACCACCUGCAGCAGAGCAUGACCAUGGCCUUCCUGGAGAACCAGCUGGCGUCCGCUCUGAUGCUGCAGUCGGCGCAGGAGUAUCGGUACUGGCUGCUCAUCUACGCCCGCUUCCUCGUCAAUGAAGGCUCAGAGUUUCGUCUGAGGGAACUCUGCAAGGAGCUGCUCGGCCCCGUCCAUAAAUCUGCAGCUUCGUCCUGGGAGCCCACCACUCUGGGUCUGCAGAAGAGGGAGCUGCUGCGCGAGGUGCUGCCCGUCAUCGGAGAGAACCUGCGCUUCCAGAGGCUCUUCACGGAGUACCAGGACCAGCUGGAGCUGCUGCGCGGGAAAUGACACGGUGCCACCGCGGCCACGGGUGCUUUCGUCAAACCGGAGAUCCAAAAACGUGAGCCGCCGUUUCAGGUCGGCGCGGUGUCUGUGAGACGCUCUGAGGCACAGCUGGAGGAGGACUUGGGCUAUUUUCUUAGGCUUUCCAGAUUUAAGUUUUUAUUACUUUCUCUUCUGAAUGUGACAUUUCUCUCCUGCCCCCCCCCAUACUGCCCGAUCAUGUGAUCAUGAAGAAAAAGGUGGAGGAAGGUUGCAGAAUGAGCACGACGGUUCAAAAAGGACAAACGUCGGCCGUACGAUGCGAAAGAACCGCAGGACGAGGCGUGCAUCAUCCUGCAGCACAGACGUCCUAUCAGAACCAAAAAUAAAGUUUGUUUGGGGCA